UUGACCAGUCCAGUGAAGCCAGCCAUGGCUUGCAAGAUCGCCAGCAUGUCCUCCUCUCUUGCGGCGCUCCUCCUCGGCGUGCUGCUGCUCUCGCGCGGCGGCAUCAGCAACGCGGCGCGGCACCUGGAGGAGCCGGAGGUGCCUCCGGAUCUCCCGGCACCUCUGCCCAGGCCGGACUUGCUGCCGCCGCUGCCCAUACCCGACGCGCUGCCAAAGCCGGAGCUGCCGCCGCUGCCCAUAACCGGCGGGCUGCCCAGGCCGGAGCUGCCGCCGUUGCCCAUACCGGACGUGUUGCCAAAGCUGCCGUUGCCGGAGCUGCAGCCGUUGCCGGAGCUGCAGCCGUUGCCUACACCUGACGUGCUGCCGAUGCCGGAGCUGCCACCGCUGCCCAAACCUGACGUGGAACCAACGCCAGAGCUGCCACCAGUGCCCAAGGGUGAGGAGCGACAGAAGACGGAGCUGCCUCCGCUGCCAACAGGUGAGAUCGCACCACAACCGGCUCUGCCGCCUCUUCCUACAGGCGACCUUGCGCCCAAAGCAGAGCUACCCAAGAUAGACGAGCCGACGAAGACGGAGCUGCCUCCACUCCCGACCGGUUAUCUUCCGCCGAAGCCAGAGGUCGAGCUGCCACCCAAGACAGAGGAGCCACCGAAGCCGGAGCUGCCUCCACUCCCGACCGGUGAGCUUGCACCGAAGCCAGAGCUGCCGCCACUCCCUACCAGUGAGCUUGCACCGAAGCCGGCGCAGCCGCCACUGCCCAAGCCCGCGGAGCCAAAACCAUGAUCACUCAACCACGAAGGAUUCCAUGCAUGGUGCAUGAUAUAUUUUGAGUCCUCUGUCCAUGACGAGCUAGCGUGGCCUGCCUGUCAUCCAUGACUUAUGAGUCCUCUGUCCAUGAGUACGUACCUGUCGAGUUAUUGAGAGUAUUUGAGAUCGUACUAGCACACAUACCCGUGCGUUGCAACGGGAGAGUACGCAUUUAAAAUCAGUGAGAAUUAUAUGUGCAAGCAAAACCCUGUGUGCACACGAAAAAGGAAUAUUUAGCUUUUCGGUUUCGCCUCGCGUGAAGGAUUUGUGCAGCUAUUUUUGCAUUA